GUGUGCUUCAAAGUGCUGUCUGCCUGUGUGUGCGCCUCUGUCCCCGCCUCCUGGCCGCCGCAGCUGUGGAGGGGAAGCUGAGUGGGUCGAGGCCCACUCUGCUGCCUCUGCUUCGGCUAGGAUGUGGCUCCUCCACACUCUGCUCUGCGUGACCAGCCUGGCUCCUCUGGUGGCCUUCAACGUGGACGUGGCCUGGCCCUGGGUGACUCCCGAGGGCGGUGGGCCUCACGUGCUGCGCUCCCUGCUGCACCGAGACCCCAGCAGCAAGCAGACCUGGCUCCUGGUCACCAGUUCCAGAGCCAACGGUACAGCAGGACCCCUGCACCGGUGUUCCCUCAGCCAGGAUGCCCUCAGCCAGAAGGAGAUCCUUUGCCAACCUGUGGAGCAUGUCCGCAUCCCAAAGGGGCGGCACCGGGGAGUGACUGUGGUCCGGAACAACGACAGUGUUUUGAUCUGUAUUCAAAUGGUGGCCCGGAAGCGCCACAGCCUCAGCUCAGAACUCACAGGCACCUGUAGCUUACUGGCGCCCGACCUCGGUCGCAAGACCCAGGUCUCUUUCAACAAUGUUGAAAAUCUCCUGGAUCCCAGGGCGAAUAUGGAUGCUGGAGACUGCUACAUGAACAAAAAAGGCAGCACAGAGAAUGCAGCCAGGUGGCGCCGGGCUCUGGGGGCAAAGGAGGAGGAAGAGGAGGAGGAGGCAGAAGCUGGCACUGAAAUCGCCAUCAUCCUGGAUGGCUCAGGAAGCAUUGAUGCCCCAGACUUCCAGAAAGCCAAAGACUUUAUCUCUAACAUGAUGAAGAGUGUGUAUGAGAAGUGCUUCGAGUGCAGCUUUGCCCUGGUGCAGUAUGGAAGAGAGAUCAAGACCGAGUUCGACCUUAAGUACAGCCAGGAUGUGAUGGCUUCCCUCAGCAGAGUCCAGAACAUCACUCAAUUGGGCAAUGUCACCAGGACAGCCUCUGCCAUGAAGCAUGUACUAGACAACAUCUUCACACCAACACACGGCUCCAGUGAAAAGGCAUCCAAGAUCAUGGUGGUGAUCACCGACGGGGAGAUAUUCGAAGACCCCUGCAACCUCACGACUGUCAUCGAGUCACCAAAGAUGCAAGGUGUUAGGCGCUUCGCCAUUGGGGUGGGAGAGGCAUUUAAGAAGCCGAAGACUGAGAAAGAACUGAGGCUGAUCGCCUCGGACCCCAGUGAGUCCCAUGUCUUCAAGGUGACCAACUACACGGCACUGGGGCCGCUGGUGAGCGAACUGCAGCAAAGCAUCGUUCCCAUGGAAGGUAUGGUCGGAGAAGUCCACCACUACCAGCUGGCACAGGUCGGGUUCAGCGCCCAGAUCCUGGACAAGGAGCAGGUGCUGCUGGGGGCCGUAGGGGCCUUUGACUGGUCAGGGGGCGUGUUGCUCUACAACAUGCACAGCCACAAGGGCCACUUCCUGAACCAGACAGUGGUGGACACCAAGGCUGGAAAGCACAGCUACCUGGGUUACUCGGUGGCGGUGCUGCAUAAGGCCUGUGGCCUCUCCUACGUGGCGGGGGCUCCACGGCACAAGCACCGGGGGGCCGUGUUUGAGCUCCAGGAGGAGGGCGGAGAGACCAACUUCAUGCCAGUGCUGGACGGAGAACAGAUGGGGUCCUAUUUUGGCUCUGAGCUGUGUCCCAUGGACAUCGACAUGGAUGGAACCACGGACUUGUUGCUGGUGGCGGCUCCAUUUUACCACAUUCACGGACAGGAAGGCAGAGUCUACGUGUACCGUCUGAACAAGCAGGAUGGUUCUUUCUCCUUGGCACACACGCUGCAUGGGCAUCCUGGGUUCGCCGAUGCCCGAUUCGGCUUUGCCAUGGCAACAGUGGGGGAUAUCAGUCAGGAUAAGCUCACAGAUAUGGCCAUCGGGGCCCCCCUGGAGGGUUUGGGGGCAGGUGAUGACAUCAGCUUCGGCAGCGUGUACAUUUACAAUGGGCACCGGGAUGGCCUCUCUACCAACUACUCCCAGCGCAUCAGAGCCUCGGCGGUGGCCCCAGGACUCCAAUACUUUGGCAUGUCUGUGGACGGUGGCUUAGAUUUCAGUGGCGAUGGCCUCGAUGACAUCACCGUGGGCACUCUUGGUCGGGCGGUUCUGCUCCGCUCCAGACCUGUGGUUCACCUGAAGGUGUCCAUGAACUUCACCCUCAAGAUGCUGCCCAUUGGCUUCAACAGCAAUGUGGAUGUGCUUUUAUGUUUUGAAAUCAGCUCUGUGACCCAGUCAGGCCUUGGAAAGAUGUCUCUGAAUUUCACGUUGGAUGUGGAUAUGAUGAAGCAGAGGAAGAGGCUACAGUUUCUGGACCAAAGAACUUGUCAGAGCUUCCUUCGGGAGUGGAGUGGCAGGACCCAUCUCUGUGAGGACCUCAAGCUCAUCCCCACAGAGGGAGAGCUCUCUGAAGAGGACCACUUCUCCAACGUCAGUAUCUACGUCAGCUACCAACUCCAGACCCCUAAGGGCUGGAGCCACCAUCCCCACCCUGUCCUGGACCUCUACAGCAAGACCUCCGCCAUCUUCCAGCUGCCCUAUGAGAAGGCCUGCCGGAAUAAGCUGUUUUGUGUUGCUGAGUUGCAGCUGGCCGUCACCACCUCUCAGCAGAGAUUGGUGGUGGGUGUCACAAAGGAGCUGACAAUGAACAUUAACCUAACUAACUCUGGGGAAGACUCCUACAUGACAAGCAUGGCUUUGACUUACCCCGGAAACCUCCUGUUUAAGAGAAUACAAAAGCCUCCUUCCCCAAACAUUCAGUGUGAUGACCCUAAGCCAGCUGCUUCUGUCCUGGUCAUGAACUGCAAGAUCGGUCACCCCAUACUCAAGAGGUCAUCUGCAAACUUCUCAGUAGUCUGGCAACUAAAGGAGGGUACCUUUCCGAACAGGACAGCUGACAUCACUGUGAACAUCACAAAUGCCAAUGAAAGACCGUCUUUGGUCACAGAGACCCAGAGCCUUCAAUUCAGGCAUGCCUUCACUGCAGUUCUUCCCAAGCCAUCAGUGAUGUACGUGAACACAAGCCAGGAGCUCCGUGGCUCUGACUACAAAGAAUUCCCCUUCAAUAUACAUGGCGAAAAUUUAUUUAAAGCCGAAUUCCAGCUGCAAAUCUGUGUUCCCAUCAAAUUACAAGGUCUCCGGCUUAUAACAGUGAAGAAACUGACAAAGACUCAGGAUUACACUGUGUGCACCCAGAGUCGGGAGCGCGCUUGUGGGAGCGAUCCGGUUCAGCAUGUGGAGGAAUGGCAUUCAGUGAGCUGUGCCAUCAGUUCGGAUAAAGAAAAUGUAACGGUAGCUGUAGAGAUCUCCGUGAAGGAAGCCAAGCAGGUCCUAAGAGAUGUAACUGAACUGCAGAUCCUUGGUGAAAUAUCUUUCAACAAAUGUCUGUAUGAGGGGCUGAAUGCAGAGAACCACAGAACUAAGAUCACUGUCAUCUUCCUGCAGGACGAGGCCCGCCACUCCUUGCCUCUCAUCAUUGGAAGCAGUGUUGCUGGCCUUCUGGUUUUGAUCGUGAUUAUAGUCAUCCUGUUCAAGUGUGGCUUCUUUAAGAGAAAAUACCAGCAACUGAACUCGGACAGUGUAAGGAGGGCCCAGACGAAAUCAGAAAAUUCACUCACAGAAGAUCAGGACCAGCUUCCUCGUGCAUUGGGAGAGACCGUCAGCCUGUCCUCGAACCUGUAGAAACUUGGUGUUUUACUAAUUACUUUUUCUUUUAGGAUGAUCUAGGGCAGAAUUGAAGAAAUUGUUUGUAGAAUAUUGGUUUUUAAUAAUACAUUGUCCCAAAUGUGUCUGUGCAUUGUGCAAAAAAUAAACUUGGGAAACAUUUGGUAUUAAA